AUGGCCACUCUUGUUUUCUUUCUACUACUUGUUUCCUUGUUUCCUUCUAUUUCUUCACUUUCUUUGAAAAACCAAGCUUCAAUCUUAGUUUCAAUGAAACAAGAGUUUGAACUUUCAAACACUUCUUCAUGUUUAAACACAUGGAACAUUUCUAACUAUGUUUCACUUUGCACUUGGUAUGGAAUUCAAUGUGACCAAACCAACAAUGUUGUUUCACUUGACAUAUCAAACUUAAAUGUUUCUGGUUCACUUUCACCUCUUAUCACAAACCUUUCCACUCUUGUGAAUCUUUCAAUCCAAGGAAACAAUUUCCAUGGUGAGUUUCCAACUGAAAUUCAUAACCUACAAAGUUUGAAAUUCCUCAACAUAUCAAACAAUAUGUUCACUGGAAACAUGAGUUGGGAAUUCAAUAGAUUGGAAGAGCUUGAAGUUCUUGAUGUUUACAACAAUGGCUUCCAUGGUUCACUUCCUCAUGGUGUAACUCAGUUGUUGAGGCUUAAGCAUUUGAAUUUUGGAGGGAAUUACUUUUCAGGAAAAAUUCCUAAAAGUUAUGGUGAAAUGAAACAGCUCAAUUUUUUGUCUCUUGCUGGCAAUGAUUUGAGUGGUUUUAUACCUACUGAGCUUGCAAAUUUGACAAGUUUGGAGUAUCUUUAUUUAGGUUAUUUCAAUCAAUUUGAUGGUGGAAUUCCAAAAGAGUUUGGUAAGAUGGUUAAUCUGGUUCAUUUAGACCUAGCAAAUUGUUUCUUGAAAGGUUCAAUUCCACAUGAGUUAGGUAAACUUUAUAAGUUAGAUACACUUUUCUUGCAAACGAAUCAACUAACCGGUUUGAUUCCGUCUGAGCUAGGUAACUUGACUAGAUUGAAUGCCCUUGAUUUAUCACUCAAUAACCUAACCGGUGGAAUUCCGGACGAAUUCUCGAAUCUUCGAGAACUUUUGCUAUUGAACUUGUUUAUCAACAAGUUCCACGGUGAAAUUCCCGAGUUCGUCUCCGAGUUGCCUAAAUUGGAAGUACUUAAGCUUUGGAGGAAUAACUUCACUGGAGUUAUUCCUCCGAAGCUAGGCCAGAACGGAAGGUUAACCGAGGUUGAUUUGUCGACGAAUAAACUCACUGGAGUAUUGCCGAAAUCACUUUGCCUUGGAAAGAGGUUAAAAAUCUUGAUCUUGCUUAACAACUUUUUGUUUGGUUCUUUGCCUAAUGACCUUGGUGAAUGCUACACUCUCCAAAGAGUUAGAAUUGGUCAGAACUAUCUGACUGGUUCAAUUCCUCAUGGCUUUCUUUAUUUACCAAAUCUUACUCUUUUGGAACUACAGAACAAUUAUCUCAGUGGAGUGAUUCCACAAGAAAAGGGAAAAAACACAACCUCGAAGUUAGAACAGUGUAAUCUAUCAAACAAUAGGUUAUCAGGUUCAUUACCAACCUCAAUUGGAAACUUUCCGAAUUUGCAAACUCUUCAGCUUAGUGGAAACAGAUUCUCGGGUCAAAUUCCAUCAGAUAUAGGAAAACUCAUAAGUAUCCUCAAAUUAGAUAUAAGUAGCAACAACUUUUCAGGUGCUAUUCCUAUUGAAAUAGGUAAAUGUACCUUGCUAACUUACAUAGAUUUGAGUCAAAACCAGUUUUCGGGUCCUAUUCCAAUUCAACUUGCUCAAAUUCAUAUACUAAACCAUCUUAAUGUGUCAUGGAAUCACUUGAGCCAAACACUUCCUAAGGAACUUGGAGCCUUAAAGGGCUUAACUUCAGCUGAUUUCUCGAAUAAUAACUUCUCCGGUUCGAUACCUGAAGGAGGACAGUUCUCAACUUUUAAGUCAAAAUACUUUGAAGGUAAUCCUCAACUAUGUGGAUAUGAGUUCAAUCCAUGCAAACUAGAUGAAUCGGAAUCGCAACAAAGAAGCAGUUCAAGAAACGGAUUUCAUGGAAAGUUUAAGCUCCUUUUCGCGUUGGCGUUAUUGUUGUGUUCAUUGGUUUUUGCAAGUUUGGCUAUCGUCAAGAGUAGAAAAUCGAGCAGGGAUUCGAAUUCAUGGAAGCUGACAGCAUUUCAGAAAAUGGAAUACGGAAGUGAAGAAAUCGUCGGUUGUAUAAAGGAAAGCAAUGUGAUAGGAAGAGGUGGAGCUGGCGUUGUUUACAAAGGAACAAUGCCGAAUGGAGAUGAUGUAGCUGUGAAGAAACUACUAGGAAUAAACAAUGGUUCAUCUUCUCAUCAGGAUAACGGUUUCUCGGCUGAAAUUAAGACGUUAGGUAGAAUCAGACACCGGUAUAUUGUUAGGUUGGUUGCUUUUUGUUCGAACAAACAAACAAACUUGCUUGUAUAUGAGUAUAUGGAAAAUGGAAGUCUUGGUGAAGUUUUGCAUGGGAAGAGAGGUGAGUUUUUGAAAUGGGAUGUUAGGUUGAAAAUUGCUGUUGAAGCUGCUAAAGGACUUUGUUAUUUGCAUCAUGAUUGUUCACCUUUGAUCAUUCAUAGAGAUGUUAAGUCCAAUAAUAUUUUGUUGAACUCCGAAUUUGAGGCUCAUGUUGCUGAUUUUGGACUUGCUAAGUUCUUGCAAGAUAAUGGGAAUUCCGAAUGCAUGUCUUCUAUUGCUGGUUCCUAUGGAUAUAUUGCACCAGAAUAUGCAUACACUCUGAAGGUUGAUGAGAAAAGUGAUGUGUAUAGUUUCGGAGUGGUGCUUUUAGAGCUCAUAACGGGGAAAAGGCCGGUUGGAGAAUUUGAAGAAGAAGGGUUAGACAUUGUUCAAUGGACCAAAAUAAAAACCAAUUGGAACAAGGAUAUGGUGAUGAAGAUCCUUGAUGAGAGGCUAGCUCAGAUUCCUUUAGAUGAAGCAAAACAAGUGUUUUUUGUGGCAAUUUUAUGUGUCCAUGAACAUAGUGUGGAGAGACCAACCAUGAGGGAAGUGGUUCAAAUGCUUGCACAAGCAAAGUAA